AUGCCAAUGAAGAGUAUCUCAUUUCUUGCAAGUCUGUCUCUCUUGGCUUUAACAUUUCAAUUCGCCAUUGCCGCUGAUCCAAGCCAACUUCAAGACUUCUGCGUUGCCGUAAACUCCCCGGUAAAUGGUGUGUAUGUGAACGGAAAGUUCUGCAAAGACCCAGCGCUUGCCACAGCGAAUGACUUCUAUUUCACAGGGCUUGGCCAGCCAAAACCCACAAAUAAUAUGCUUGGAUCAGCCGUCACAUUUGGCAAUGUUGAUAACGUUCCAGGGUUAAACACCCUCGGACUAUCCUUUGCCCGUGCAGACUUUGCAGUGAACGGGUUAGUCCCACCUCACUACCAUCCACGUGCCAGCGAGGCCGUGCUUGCCGCAGAAGGAACACUUUUGGUAGGUUUUGUCACGUCCGACCAACGCCUCUUCAUGAAAACGCUAAAUGCGGGAGAUGCAUUUGUGUUUCCACAGGGACUCAUCCAUUUCGCAGCCAACGUAGGACAUGUCCCAGCAGUUAUAAUCGCUGCUUUGAGCAGUCAAAACCCUGGUACUAUCUUUGUUGCUGACAACGUAUUUGGGUCUAACCCGCCAAUAACCCCCGCUCUCCUUGCAAAGGCAUUUCAGCUGAACAUCACUACGAUCAUGGAGCUACAGGCCAAAUUCUAA